CAGUGAGAUGUGACUGGAGUCGCACGUGAGGCAAUCGUCUGUCGAAGUGGGAAGACAUAGUGAUCUUGCAGUGAUCUCUGUGAUCGAUUGCAAUCAAUUGAUAAGAUCGGAUUGAGUGACUGGGAAUCUUUUUUCCCCCGAAAACACUGUGAAUUAUUGGAUACAUUUCACUUUUCAAGCUGAUCAUCAAACUAAGUGAGACCACGGACGAGAGGAGGAGAACGAUGGCGCCUAGCGCCGGAAAGAGCGUCCCAGGCACUCAAUCCCUGAUGCGAUCUGCCUCGCAGGACAUGUCAUCGGAGAUCCUCAUCGGCUGGCCACCCAACAAUGGCCUAAAGGACAAUCAGAGGCCACCGGUUUACAACCCUGAGGACUACGUGCAGUCGCUGAAGAAGUACAGCCGGAGGCCGAACGGCGCCUCCAGGUCGAUCUAUGACAACACUGAGGAUAAGACAGAUACGAUCCGGUCCAAGACAUUGCCACCGCCAGCUCUGCGGAGUGGAGAGUACAAAAGCCCCAUCCCGGCGCACUCUGACACGGACACUGAGAUGACACUGCGCCAGUUUGGCUCCAUCACGGAUCUGCUCACGAAACUGAGGGCAGAUCUCAGGGCGGCAUUCCCAAGCUUCGUACAGGAGUUCGUGGCCAGUCCACUGGAUGGAGUCAGUCUCUUGCUGGACGUUUUGAGAGCCAUUCAGCUUAGCCAGACCAGCACAGCGAGCGGCACUGUUUCCACGCCGGCGUCUCCUGGCCAGAGGAAUACCCAGACUUAUCAGAGAAGAGCUCUGCUGGAUGAAUUGGCAUGCCUGCAAUGCAUCAGCCUUUGCUGCGCCAGGACUUCCGAAGCUGGCAUCCGUUUGGGCUCUUCUCCCAUCGGAUUGCUUCCUCUGGCAGCCGCAGCCACAGGACAGGGCAUCAGAUCCCGCGUCCUGGCCCUGCAACUCAUGACCACAGCCAGUCCCAACGGACACAGUGCAGUCUCUGAGGCUCUGGCCACGCUGAGGCUGCGCUGUGGAGAGCCUGUGCGCUUCCGAUUGCUGGUGGGAAUGCUGAACAGCGGCGGAGGCAGUGGAGAGCUCCAAACAGUGGGAUUGGGUUUCCUGAAUAGCUUCCUGGAGAGUGCGGAGAAUGUCCAGGAGAGGGUUUACAUCCAAGCGGAGCUUCACCAGGCGGGAUUUGACACGAGUGGCAUGCUGAGGAACCUCCCAACCAGCUCUCCGUGGAUGGAGAAGCUCAGAGUGGAGGUGAGACGCUGGGAAGAGGGCAAGAUUGACGUGGAGAGACUCCAGAGGCAAGCCAGGGAGGCUGAGAAGAUGCGCAGUCAGGUGGUGAUCCUCGAGAGGCGAGUGCAGAUUGUGCAGGAGGAGAAAGCAGUGCUGACAUCAAUGGAGCGACGUCUUCAGGAGCGCUGUGCUGAGCUGCAGAGGGAAGUGUUUCGUCUGCAGAACUCCCAGGGCAGUCAAGCCGGCUCGGGCAGUUCCAUGGUGAAGAUCACACAGCAGGAAAAGCGCCCCAUCGCCUUGCCGAGGCAAGUUCCGCCGACACCGCCCAAGACACGCCCUGGUGGUUCCUCAGAGCACGAGGAUGAGGGAAUCAGCAGCUCAGAGACGGGACAAUCCAUGAGUCCUGAGCCUCCGCGCGUCCUACCGGUCAGUGAAGCACCGCCGGCUGAUGAGGACUCUGGCACGACGAUCGAGGAGGUGAUUGAGGAGUUGCAGAACAUCGUGAGCGAUGCCGAGAGGGAUUUGCGACGCAGUGGGACCAAAGAGUGUGAAAUAGUGCCGGUGAAUCUCCUGCCUCAGCCGCCAAGGAAGAGUCGAUCUCUGGCCCACUUGAUUGCCACGCCCAGCGACGCCGAGGAGAGCGACUAUGGUGCCCUGACGCAGCCUCCGAAUGACGGCAAGGUGACGCCGUACUGCGAAGAGGAGGACGAGACCAGCAGGGCGUCUCCGUACCGCGGCGGCUCGCGGACGGGCUUCGACACGAGCACCAAUCGAGCGAUCCUGAACGUGAUCAUGGACGCGCGUGAGCAGGAGGAGGAGAGCAUCCUCCGGCGGCAGCAACGACCUCCGCCGCCGCCGCAACACUUCAACGGCGUCUUCUUCAUGGGCGACAUGAGCAGCAAAUUCCCCAAGGCGUCCGUGGGCAAGUCCAAGAGCAUGGACAGGAUGCAGGGCUACGGCCUCGACACGAUGGUGGACAUCGUCGUGGCGCCGGACGCGCAGAAGAUGCGGCCGCCCGUGGCGUGCAGCCUGCACGCGCCGGCGGGCUUCAAGAUCAAGACGGGCCACGUGAACGCCGGCCUGUACUCGGGAUCCCACCUGGUGCGCGAGAACAUGCGCGCCCACUCGAACCAGGGCUCGCGCCUCACGGAUCUGCCCUCGGGCCUCUAUUGAGCCCCUGCGGACUCUCCUCCUCUGUGCAAUACACGGUGAUGGCCUUCCUCUGCAUCUCUCCCGGGACACACUGUAGUUAGGUUUAGGGCAGCUCUGUCUAGCGCUAGGCUUUUGCGGCUCUGCCUCGCAGGAGCCUCAUUAAGUGGAUUAUCUUCAUCUCAAGCAUAAACUCUAAUAGCUUUAGUUGUGCGUGCAAAAUUGUAUUGUCUUGUUUAAAACACUCUGAUGCAAAUAUAUGAUAAA